UUUACUAUAAGGCUGUUAUCUUAUUAUUCUUGAAUAAAUUUUAUUAAUAGAAAUAACUAUAUCACAUACUGGAUUGGAAUAAUGAAGUAAGCGAAGCGUUAAGAUGCUGAGUCCAAAAAUUCAGCGGUCAAUCAGGGUGAACGACGGGCAGCUUAUCGCUUUAUCUGAAAGGGCACAGUACGACCAUUCACAGGCGGGAUAUCUGCACAAACGAAGUGCAGAUAACACCAAAUGGCAACUCCGUUGGUUCAUUCUUUAUCAGAACCUACUUUUCUACUAUGAGUCCGAGAACAACUCGCGACCGACGGGCGUUUUGCUGCUCGAGGGGUCGUACUGUGAGAGACUCAGCAAAGCACCUAUGGAGAGGAAUGCCUCGUUCUGCUUCACGAUCUCGUACCGGCGCGAGAGUCAGCGGCAGUAUGAGCUGCGGGCGGCCUCCGAGGUGGAUUGCGUGCAUUGGGUGGACGCGAUCCGAGAGGCCAGUUUCAACAAGCUACUCCUUCAAAAGGAGGAGUUGGAGCAGAAACAACUUCACCUACUUCAAGUGGUGGAGAGCGAGCGGACGUCACGUUGGCAGUACGCUCAACAAUGCGAUGAACUUACUAGCGAGGUCAAGAAGCUGCGGACUGAGUUAUGCACAUACAAAAAGGAGCACGAACCAUCAGCAACGCGCGCCGCUUCAACCAGCAGCUUAUCCACCACCGACUCCCCGGAGAUCGACCCAGCUGAGUUGAGGAAGAUCAAGAAAGUGCAGAGUUUCUUCCGCGGCUGGCUGUGCCGGCGGCGGUGGAAGCAGAUCGUCGAGCAGUACAUCAAGAGCCCCCACGCUGAGAGCAUGAGGAAGAGGAAUAGCUUGGUAUUCAAAAUGGUAGAAGCAGAAGAAGAGUAUCUCGAGCAGAUGGAAAUUUUGGUGACGUGUUUUCUCCGGCCGUUCAAGAUGGCGGCUAGUUCUAAGAAGCCACCCUGCACCCAUGAAGAUGUCAACUCAAUCUUUCUGAACAGCGAGACUGUUCUAUUUCUCCACCAGAUUUUCUUCAAAGGACUGACUUCUAGGAUGGAGUCCUGGCCCACUUUGGUGUUAGGAGAUCUAUUCGACAUGUUGCUCCCGAUGCUAACAAUAUACCAGGAGUACGUGAGGAACCACCAUUACUCGUUGCAAGUACUCACUGAAUGUAAACAAACCCAGCCGUUCGCACAACUGCUGGCGAGACUGGAAACCAAGCCGGCGUGCCAAGGGAGGUCGUUGGAAACCUUUUUGACAUAUCCUAUGCACCAGAUUCCUCGUUACAUCAUCACGUUGCAUGAGCUGCUUGCUCAUACUCCACAUGAUCACGUGGAACGACGUAGUCUCCAGCAUGCCAGAGCUCAACUUGAGGAGUUAUCACGACAGAUGCAUGACGAGGUUAGCGAGACAGAGAAUUUGAGAAAAAACUUGGCAGUCGAACGCAUGAUCAUAGAAGGAUGCGAUAUCCUAUUGGACGUCAACCAAGUUUUCAUACGGCAAGGCACUCUUUCCCAAGUAGUGGGAAAAGGCCGACGGGCUAAUCUUCAAGCGAGGCAGGCAUUUCUCUUCAGCAACCACCUCCUGCUUACCACCAGAGCCCCUGGAGGAAGAUUACAUUUACCAACGGCCGGGAGGUUGCCAUUACAUGAUGCUUUGUUGGUAGAAGACCCAUCAAAUCACGAUGAUGAUGAUUCUACUUCGGUGUGUUCCUCUCCUGGUGGUGAUAUUUACCAAGGAAAAGAUUUUAAAAUCCUGGUAGAAGUCAAAGGAGAGCAAAUUUGUGCUCAUCUAGUGGCCGCCACACUCGAAGAGAAAGCCGCGUGGACGAGUGAGUUGGCGCAAUGCAUGGAGAGUGCCGCGCUGACCGAACUGCUGCGAGCGUGCGGCUCCUGCGGCGCGGCCUCCGCCAGCCUGCCGGCGUGCCGCUCCGACCGCGCGCUGUUCACCGACGACGUCGACAUACGCUUCAGCAGGACCCUCAACUCUUGCAAGGUCCCGCAGAUCAGGUCCGCGUCGCCGCAGCGGCUGUUGCAGAGGCUGACAGACCUUCGAUUUCUAUCAGUGGACUUCCUUAACACCUUCUUGCUGACGUACCGUGUAUUCACUGACGGGGUCAAAAUAUUGGAGGCUCUGAAGCAAGUGUUUUACGAGCAGUCUCAAUUAGAGAUUGAGCUGGCCCCGCCACCUGAUGCUACAAGGAAAACCAGCGCCGCUAGUUCCGUAUCAGGGUACGGCUCGGAGUACAGCGAACGCGAUUGGCAGUCACGAUUUUGGAGAGCUUCGAGAAAAAGUGAAGAAGACGAUAAACUGUCACCAUAUUUGACGGCUCCAUCGCGACGAACUUCAUCAGUUAGCAAGACGGAAGAAGACAGUAGCCAUCUGACGAUUCCGAAAAUAAUGGCGACAUCGUCUAGUAACGAAACACUGAAAGGUACAUCGCCAUCAUCUCCCGGCGCUAGUAGCUCUGUAACUCUAGUCGGCAGUCCUAAGAAAGCUAGUCCAGCAGAAAGCGCAGAAAAGGUCAACGAACCCAAAGAAAUGAAGUCUCCAACUAAAGACAGCGAAGCAGCAGCAGCAACUAUCAUAAAAGAUGAGAGCAUUGAGUUAGUAGAUCAGAGUGAUGAUGACAUUGAAAAGACAAAUAAGUAUAAGAUUACGGACAAUUUUAAGAUUUCUCAAAGGAUAACUGAGCGAGUCCGCACUAUGUCGGAGUCCCCCAGAAGACUGCAGCCGUCCUCAGCGGCGGCGGCGUCGGAGGCGCGGCGGCGCUCCGAGAGCGCGCGCGACGCCGCCGCCGCCGCGUCGGCCGCCGGCGCCGCCGCCGAGGAACAGCGCCGAGCCUCCGACUCUGGCGCGCGGUACGCCCCAAGGAGGUCUGUUAGUGAGAGGCGCUAUACCAACUCGUCGAUCAACAGUGAGCGUCGAAGAUACUGGGGUGGUUCUGAGCCUAGAUCAUCUGUGACGUCCCAAGUGUCUCAAGUUCAGAAUUAUCGACGAGAAACCAGCCAGCCCAAAGCGGGUGUUGUCAUCACAUCAUUCCGACAGUCUCAUAGAAGGAGCAGUACAUCGACGGCCGCGGUGGCAUUUGCCGUUGCCACUUCAGCUUCCUCGAACCCUCGCUCACCGCCGCCUACUUCUCCGCCAGCUACGAGAAGAGAUUCGGUCAUUUCCACUGCAGCCACGAUGAGAGUUCUUAACGUUUUGAGGCAUUGGAUCUCUAAGCACUCAUACGACUUCUGGUCGGACGAGCGUCUCCGAGGCCUGACCAUAGACUUCCUCAAGGAUAUAGAAGGCAGCCCGAGCCUGCUGCCAGCAGAACACAAAGCCGCGGUGCAAUUGUUGCGUCUAUUGGAACGUGCUCCAGAUCGCCCAGUGGAUCUUCAGGCGCUGUUCGCACCGCCACCAGUUCCAACAAAAGAGAGUAUUGAAACGCUGUCUGCACUUGAAAUAGCUGAGCAAAUGACAUACUUGGAUUACCAAAUCUUCAGCUCUAUACAUUGCGAAGAGUUCCUAGGCCAAGCGUGGACAAAAGCGGACAAGGCGGAACGCGCGCCACACAUCUUGAUGAUGACAGCUCACUUCAACCAUAUCUCUAAUUUGGUCAUCUCGGAGAUACUCAAAAAGUACACUUUAGUUGGUCGUGUAGCAGCAAUAGAGAAAUGGGCCGCUGUGGCGGACAUCGCCCGUUGCUUGCACAAUUUCAACGGCGUGCUGCAAGUGUGCGCGGCACUGUCUAACACCUCGGUGUACCGGCUCAAGAAGACUUGGGAGAAAGUGUCCAAAACUACAAAGCAGACUAUAGAAAGGAUGCAAACUAUAAUAUCAUCUGAAUGUCGAUUUAGAAUCCUAAGAGAUGCGCUUCAUAGAUGUGAUCCGCCAUGUAUUCCAUAUCUGGGGAUGUAUUUGUCAGACUUGUCCUUCAUAGAGGAAGGAACUACAAAUUAUACCCCUGAUAAUCUCUUAAAUUUCUCAAAAAUGAGAAUGAUCGCACACGUGAUUCGAGAAAUACGAAACUUUCAACAGACUCCCUACAAAAUUGAUCACAUACCAAAGGUAUGCGACUUCCUGCUGGACCGGUCGCUGGUGAUCCCCGAGGAGCGGCAGUACACGCUGUCGCUGGAGCUGGAGCCGCGGCCGGCGCGCGGCUCGGGCGCGGGGCUGCACUCGCACUCGGCGGCGCCCGCGUCGCCCGCCUCCUAGCGCCGGCGCCGCGCGUCCCUCGCCGCGCUCGCGCCGCUGCGGCACGAGCGCUAAGGACGCGCGACACACGAGUGCUUACAGACUUGUUACGAGUAUGGUGUUAUGUUCUGUCUGUACAUUGACAUUUCGCUUCAUUUUCGCUCGCCACACCUACUUCCUUUAAUUGCCUUGGGCUAAAAAUGGUUUAAUCUGACAUUCACACUCGUACUCUGCCGCGCCCGCCGGGUCCGCCUGGUGGCGCCGUGUGUAUUUCACGUUAGUUGCUAUUAUUGCCAAUGAGAUUUUCUUACUCUUCUCUAAAUGAUGAUGACGCUGUCUUAAUAGUAACUUUGCCUUCUAGCGUUGGCAGAUCUUGCACUAUUGCGGACAAACUGUUCCUGCUAAGUAAACUAAUAUGUACGUUAUUAGGGUAUGAUAUAGCGUUAGAUUGACCGUUAAGCUACACUUUUAUCCCGCGCCACAUAAGAGGAGUGAGGCUGUUUCAAUUAUAAACAUUGGUGGUGCAAAAACACUAUUACAAUUCACUAAACAUAACACUAAAUUAUUCGGUCAGAAGAAGCGGCGCCCCCUAUUCUAAAACCCUGCCCACGUGUUAGGCGCGCGGUCCUUAAUAACUCCUUUUAUCAGUCCCUCAAAAUCAAUGGUGUCGCAAUUCAAAUUUAAAUGUCGUUUACUAAACUUAAAACCCCCUUACAAUCUGUCGGAAACAUAAAAUUUUAUGCUAAGCUAAACAAAUUAACAAAAAUACAAAAAUAAUUUUUUCCUACAUAUUUAAACUCGAUAUUGUGUAAUUUAUAAGAAAAAGCAUAGAUUUAAUUAUGUAAAUUAACUUUUACCUUGUUCCGAGUCUUGUUAAGUGAGAAUAAUAAUAAAAUGGUAAGUAUCUUGAAUAUAAUUAUUUUGCAUAAAUUUAUUGUAUGAAUAUGAAUUAUAAAUUGUUAAAAAGUGAAAGAAUUCCUGAUAACUCUAUUUUUAUACAAUUUCUUCGUCAAUUAGGUAACUAUUUAAAGAAUUCAUGAGACAUAUCACUUGAAGCCAUUAUGUGACUUGUCCAUGUUAUCAAUAGUUUUCUUUGAAUUCUAAGUAGCAAAGAUUAAAGUGAUUAAACAGGAAUUAAAGGAAUGAAUAAAAUAAUUUCAUGUAUAUUUAAUUCGAAAUUAACAAAAUUCUACAUAAUAUUAUUUCAGAUUUAAUAUAAUAUUGUUGUUGUAGAUAAAUUUUACUUUAGAUAAAGAACACGUUAGUGGGAAAAAUGUAAAUACCUAUUUAAAUAAUUACUUAUUUUAUAGGUAUAUGGUAAGGUAGCCAUCUCAAUAAUGUAAUUAAGAGCUAACUAUACGUAUCUAAAGACGGGGGUGGCAAGACACAUCCGAAUUGACAAAACUUAAUAUUUUGGAGACUCCGUUUGGGUGACGGCCCACUCUUGUAUUUCCUCUAAUAAUAAGUUAGUCGUGUUUUGAUCUCAGUCAAGUAAGUAAGUAAAUUAUUCGGUAAAAUGUUUCAAUAUAUUGUGGACGUGGUUGUUACCUGUUACCUAUGGUUGUUGAUGCGAUUUCGACUGCUUUUAUACAAUGUCUUUAUAUUUCGCUGUUGGUACCUUGUGCUUGUUAGUUAACAUUUAUCAUAAGUUUAUACUCGUAAGUUACCCCAUAAAUACUUAAUAUAAUACGUGUAUUGUUAGAGAUUGUUUAUUGUUAAUUUUGUUUAAAGAUAAAUUUUAUGCAAUAUAAAACAAAAAAGAAAUGAAAAAUGCACAAAACGUGCUAGAUCGUUUUACCUAAUAAUACAUAAAACAUACCUAUUUUAUGGCUAGAGACGUGCUUCAAGCCGAAACCUGAUAAUAAAAAAAAAUAAGUUCUAUUCUAUUACAUUUUAAGUAGUUAAGUAUAGCCAAAUUAGGUGCCGGGCAAAUUAGUUGCUAGACUAAGGAGGUUAAAAUGAUUAACCCCGCCUAUUGUGGUAACUAGGACUAGUAAAAUAAAGAGAUCAUAUUGGAAAUGAGUUCUAAAUAAGAAAAUCUCAACAGACUGUAAAUAGCUCCGUGAUGGUACUUCUUGGCUUCUGGUACUUUUAUCUAUUUAAAAACUUACCUAUGUACCAAACCUAAGUUAAUUUGUUUUAAGGAUUUUGACUAAUAUAAUGGAAAAUAAUUCAUGAUUAUGUGUUUAUAUGAAAAUUAAUCGAAUUUUAUAAAUACGUCAAUAUUUCAUGACUGAUUUGGACUCGGAAAAAACUAACUUUAACUAGUUUGUUAGUUUUAGAAGUGUGUCCACAGUCUGAUGAAACCUAACGUGAUUUCAAGUGAGAAUAGUUUGAUCUGUAAGUCUUUUUCUACGUCCUUUUCUAUGACAUUUAACGUUAGUGUUAAAAUGAAUGUUAGGCUCCUACAUGUUGUAGAAUGAGUAAUAUUACAUAUUAAAUGUAUUAAUAGAAAGAAACCAUGACUGGCUUAUCUAUCAGUGCAAGAUCCAAACCAAUAAUAAUCGGACUUCGAUAAAAAUGGUAUGUUGAUACUUAGAUAUAAUAAAGAAGGAAGGGAGAAUUUGGAAUUUUCCAUAAAAGUGUAGCCACAAAUAGACGCUAGUUUCUAAUAAAUCCUUCCUACUAGGAUCCAAGAGCUGAAGAUAUUUUCCAUCUUCAAUAAUGUUAAUAAAUUCAAUUUUAUGUAAAAAAUUCAAAAUAUCACUUACUAGGUAAGUAGUUAAGUUGCUACUUACCGAAAUGAUUAAAAAUAUUUGAAUAUUUUCCUCUUUAAGCUUAAAUAUGCACAAUUUUGAAAAGGUUUUAACACUUCAAAAGGCUGUCAAAAUUUAUGUAUUAGGAGAAAUUAGGUUUAAAUUUUGUUCAUUGAAUAGGGUAAGAUUUGUCCCCCUUUUAUAAAUAUUGUCUUCCUUCUUUACCUAUCAUUUUCUUGUGUGUAAGUAUUAAAUAGAAUAUAAGCUAAUAAUUUGAAUAUUAUUCACAUUUAAAUCAUUAUGAAACUUAUGAAAAUAUAAAGUACUAAUACGCUUCGAUUUUAAAUCUCUUAUGAAUAAAUGGAUAAGGAUUUUUUAAAUACGUAAUGGAUGUUGAAUAUCUCUUCUGAACUACCUCUUCUCACAAAUUCUAAAUAUUAUCGUACCUAUAAAGAAUUGUUGUUAAAUGUUAUAAAAUCUAGACGCUCAACACUUAAGUCUAAUUUAAAUAUUUGUAUCAUUAGUAAGUAUAACAAUCCUGAGUUAAAUGUAAUAGAGAACAACACAGAGAAAUAAAUUAUUAUAUUUUUAUGUAGAUACAGUAUAAAUAUUAUGAAUUGUAAUUUCUGUAAAUCUAUUUUGCUAAUAAGCACAUAAAAUACUUUUGAUACAACUUACCUUAUAUUUGUGUAAAUCUUGCAAAUUAAUAAUUGAUCACAUUUUAGUGUAGGUAUUUACUAAAAAUUAAUAAAAUAUUUUUAAAAAUAGAAUAUUUUUGUUAUAAAAUGUACUUAAAGUCAAUCAGAAUAUUAAAACAGAAUGAGUGUCUCAUAUAAAAUUACAUGGGCAAAUAAUAAUGGUGAGUUACUUUGAUAUUUUGUGAUUAUCCUGAGUCUAAUUUUAAUUUACCUCCACGAUUAAUAAUAAGGAAAUCCCUAGAAUUAUAUUUUCCCUGGCCAGUUCUUAAUUAUUAUAAAUGUAAACAAGAGAAACUACUGUUUUUAAAUUAGAAAACCUAUAUUUUUGACAAAGUAUAUUAUUAACGGAACCAUUAAAAUACGACAUAAUUUCUUGGCGAUUUAUUAUAUACAUUUUUAAUAAUUUACAUCCUUUUUAUGCUGAAAAAUGUGAUCAAAACUCUUGUAUUCCUAGCAAAAAUGUUAUUGAAUUAAAAACAGACAAAGGUUAGUCCGUAUAAAGAUCUAAACUAAGAUUAUGAAUGUCCUCAAUGAUUACUUCAAAUAAUGCGAUGAUAAGAAUGUUAUAUAAUAUUACUUCCCAUCGUUAUACGUUAUGAAAAUAGAUUAGAAUUAAUUGGAUGUGUUGAUUAACAUACAUGUAUACAGUAUUUAGUUGCUCAUGUGGCUGUUGUUGUUGACGACCCGACCUCAAACAAUUGUUGUUUUCUUCACAAUAAAGUUAUCAUUGUAAAGUUUAUAGUUUUAUUGACAUAUCUGUUUUCAUUGAUGUUUGUCGUAUUUCCUUACUCUGUGCCAAAAUAUAUGAAAUUUGAUGAAUAA